AUGGCUGGAAGAAGAAGAAAGAAGAUGAAAUUUUUGGCCGAAACAAUCAAAGACAACAAGAAAACAGAUAGCAGCAUUCACCCAGACGAGCAAGAGACUCAUUCCAAGAUCCCGACCGAGCUUCUCGAGCUUAUCCUCUCCCAACUGAGUCUCCGAGACAAUAUCCGAGCCUCAGCCGUCUGCAAAACAUGGCUCAAAACCGCACUAAACGUCCGCAUGGCCAACAAGCCUCCAUGGCUCAUGUUCUUCCCAAAAUUCGGCGAUCUCUACGAAUUCUACGAUCCUUCCCACCGAAAAACCUACUGGCUCGAGCUUCCCGAGCUUCACGGCUCUAGGAUUUGCUACGCCAAGGACGGGUGGCUCCUAUUGUACAAGCCGAGGAACCAAACGGUCUUCUUUUUCUGCCCGUACACUCGCGAGUCGAUCAACUUGCCCUGCCUUGAGUUGACUUACCAAAUAGUGGCCUUCUCUGCGGGCCCAAAAUCUCCGAGCUGCUUACUUUUCACCGUUAAGCACGUGAGCCCAACAGUUGUGGCUGUGAGCACGUGCCGUCCAGGAGCCACUGAGUGGACCACUGUCAAUUAUCAGAAUCGACUCCCUUUCGUGAGCAGCAUUUGGAACAAGUUGGUUUUUUGCAAUGGGAUCUUUUACUGCCUGAGCCUCACGGGCUGGCUUGGAGUGUACGACCCGCAGAAGAGUACGUGGGCCGUGCAUUCGGUGCCCCCGCCUAAAUGCCCCGAGAAUUUCUUUGUUAAGAACUGGUGGAAAGGGAAGUUCAUGGCUGAGCACGGUGGGGACAUUUUCGUCAUUUACACGUGCUCGGCUGUGAACCCCGUAAUCUAUAAGCUGAACCAGACGAACAAGGUAUGGGUGGAGAUGGAGACACUGGGGGGAAUGACACUUUUCGCGAAUUUUUUGUCGUCUCAAGCUAGGAUGGACCUUCUUGGUGACAUGAGGAACAAUGUUUACUUCUCCAAGGUUCGGUUUUAUGGGAAGCGUUGUGUCUCGUAUUCUCUUGAUAAUGGCAGGUACUACCCGAGGAAGCAGUGUUAUGACUGGGGUGAGCAAGACCCGUUCGAGAGUGUGUGGAUUGAGCCGCCCGAGGAUGAUUCAGUUUUCCUUUGA